AUGUUAGAGAGUUUGGGGACAUUAGCAACAACAUGUGAUGACGACAAUUUGGUGCUCAAGAUUGUCGGUGUAGCCACUUUGAUCAAUGACAUGGAGCAGACCAAAAUGGAGGCAAUCGAUGAUCACAGACUUUGUGAGUUAGAAUCGUUGGUACAAAAUCUCUGCACAAACGGCAACAACGUGGAGAGCGAAAUUUCAAGCUUGCAUUCAAAAGCACUUGAAUCAUACAACGCUUUCGUACGGUGGGGACGCUUGGAAGAUUUGGAACAAGCUAUCGCAAGCUUGCAAAAACUCAACUCCCUCACUCCAGACGGACACCCGAAUAAGCCAGGUGGCCUCAGCAACCUCGGAAAUGCACUUCAUAAACGCUUUGAACGAUUCGGUGAGAUGGCUGACCUCGAGGACGCGAUCUCAAGCAGCCGUUUGGCCGUCUCUCUCACCCCAGAUGAGGACCCAAACAAGCCAGUUUGCCUCCAAAACCUCGGAAAUGCACUCCUAGCACGCUUCAACCGACUUGGAGAGCUGGCUGACCUCGAGGACGCGAUCUUAACCAACCGUUUGGCCAUCUCUCUGACCCCAAAUGGGCACCCAAGCAAGCCAGCUCACCUACACAACCUCGGAAACGCACUUCGAGCACGGUUCAACCGACUCGGCGGGUUGGUUGACCUUGAAGCCGCAAUCUCAAGCCAUCGUUCGGCUGUCGCUCUCACCCCAGAUGGAGACCCAGAUAAGCCACCUCGCCUCAGCAAUCUCGGAACUGCGCUUCUGAAACGCUUCGACCGACUUGGCGAGCUGACUGACCUCGAGGAUGCGAUCUCAAGCAGCCGUUUGGCCGUCUCUCUCACCCCAGAUGAGCACCGAAACAAGCCAGGUUGCCUCCACAACCUCGGAAAUGCACUCCUAACACGCUUCAACCGACUUGGCGAGCUGGCUGACCUCGAAGACGCGAUCUCAACCAACCGUUUGGCCAUCUCUCUGACCCCAAAUGGACAUCCAAUCAAGCCAGGCUGCCUCCACAACCUCGGAAAUGCUCUUAUUGAGCGCUUUAAUCGACUUGGAAAGCUGGCUGACCUCGAGAACGCGAUCUCAAGUCACCGUUUUGCCUUCUCUCUCACCCCAGAUGGACACCCAGACAAACCAAUACACCUCUAUGACCUCGUAGAUUCACUUCGUACACGCUUUGACCGACUUGGCGACCUAGCUGACCUCGACGACGCGAUCUCAUACAACCGUUUGGUCAUCUCUCUCACUCCUGAUGGACACCCAGACAAGCCAGGUCGCCUCAACAGCCUCGGAAUUUCUCUUCAGAUACGUUUUGACCGACUUGGCGGGCUGGCUGAUCUCGAGGACGCAAUAUCAAGCAACCGUUUGGCCGUCUCUCUCACCCCAGGUGAACACCCGGAGAGAUUGGGUAGUCUUUUCAACUUGGCAAAGGCACUCCACAGACGCUUUCGACUGCGUGGUGAUCGUAGCGAUAUCUUAGAUGCCUUAUCACUUGCCAAACAGUCCACACACGUCAUCUCCGCCCCUUCUUUUCACCGGCUUAGGAGUGCUGUUUUAUGGGCACAAUACUGCAUUUCAUUAUCAACCACCUCCCUUCCAGCUUUCGAAUGCGCUGUUAGCCUCCUUCCUCGUGUUGCUUGGCUUGGUGUCUCUGUGCAAGACCAAUACACUGCACUAGCCAACGUAAGCAAGUAUACCAGAGACGCCGUGUCUGCCGCAAUCCUUGAAGGAGAUCUUACAAGGGCGUUGGAAUGGGCAGAGCAAGGAAGGUCGAUCGUAUGGCAGAACCUUCUUAGUCUUCGGUUGCUGCCAGACAAAUUUACACAUCAGUAUCCAGAACUUUCCGAGGCCUUCACAAGACUCCAGACUGUUUCUAGACAGCUGGAAGAUACAACAGAGACCAAUACACAAUUCGGUGGAUUACGGCCGGCGCACUGGUCAGACAAUCGGAUGAGGCUGGCAAGGGAGCGCGAUGAAAUAAUCGAUAGGAUUAGAAGCACUCCGGGUAACGAAACCUUUAUGAAACCCAACACCCUUCAACACCUUGCCCCAGCGGCACGGGAUGGCCCGGUCGUAUUCCUCAACCUUGGCUUAAAAUGCGAUGCCCUUGUCCUUCUUAAUGAUGAUAAGGGUGCCGGCCAUGUUGUGGAUAUACCUCUGGAGCACGUUACUCUUAAAAAAGCGGAGCAGCUGUCACAGAGAUUCGUGCAGCUGCUUUGCGAUGUUGGCAUUUCUAUGAGAGAUUACAGAAGGUUUCGUCGUGGAGGGGCGAAGGGGGACACAGAAGCGUGUUUCAAGGACAUUCUUCACAUUCUAUGGACCGACUAUGUUCAACCGAUUGUCCACGGAUUGGGAUAUUCCGUUGUCGAUGAGAAAAGGCCACCCCGUCUAUGGUGGUGCACGACAGGUCCCCUUGCCUUCCUCCCUCUACAUGCCGCGGGAUUGUACGACGCAUCAACAGAGGUUGGCAAUAAGCUCUCCGACUAUGUGGUUUCAUCAUAUACCCCAUCUAUUGCCGCGCUACUUGAUCAAUCACGUCUAGCUCCACCUGAAAGUCCCAAAUUACUCACCGUCGCGGUGUCAAACACGCCAGGGAUGGCUCUCCCGAGCACGCUACAGGAGGUCGAGAACCUCACCCGUCUUGCAGCAAACAUGCAAACAGUCAGCCUAAAAAAUGAAGAAGCGACAAAGAGCCGGGUGUUGGAAGAGCUACCAAGAUGUGACUGGGCUCACCUUGCUUGCCACGGCGUCCAAGUUGGUGGGGAGCCGAUGUCGAGUGGGCUUAUCCUUGACAAUGCGGAAAAACUCGAGCUCUCCGAGAUCAUCAAGAAGAAGCUUCCACAUGCCGAUUUUGUUUUCUUAUCUGCAUGCGAGACUGCAAUGGGAGAUAAGGGAGUUCCAGAGGAGUCGGCACAUCUUGCAGCUGGAAUGCUAUUUGCAGGCUUCCGAGGAGCGGUGGCAACAAUGUGGUCGAUUAAAGAUAGCAUUGCUCCUUGCGUCGCCAAAGAUGUCUAUCGGUAUAUGCUCAAAGAUGGGAAAGCAGACCGGGAAGAGGCCGUUUAUGGGUUGCAUGAAGCCGUGCGGAAGCUACGAGAAAGCGGAGAACGAUUUGAUUCCUGGCUUCCUUUCAUCCAUAUUGGUCGCUAG